AAUAACUUUGUGAUCAUAUACAUUUGACAGUUGUUAGAAAAUGUUUGAAGGAUUGCUUUCCUCAUAUUUGGAAGUGUUUUAUAGCGUUCUACUGGGUCUAAUUGGGGUAAUCUCUGUGUAUUUCUAUGCACGAAUCAAGAAUGGAAAACAAACCCCAAAAUCAAAUGUUGACCAAAAGGCAAAGUCUACCUUGAAAUCCACUGCAAAAUGUACAAAGUCUAAAGGAGAGAAAGAAAUAUUACCCGAUCAAAAGAACAAAAUCAAGAUACUUUAUGGAACUCAAACGGGGAAGUCGAAGCAUUUUGCAGAAAAUUUAUCCAAAGAUGGUACUUACAAAGGAUACAAUUGUGAAGUAAUUGACUUGAAAAACUAUGAUCCAGAUGAACAACUGGAUAGUGAAGGUGAAAACACAACAUGCCUUGUGGUUUUCAUAUCUACAUACACGGAGGGAACACCCCCUGAAGGUGCUGAAUGGUUUGUGAAGUGGUUGGAAGAAAGUGCAUCCGAUUUUCGAGUACAAAAGAGUUUAUUGUCAAACUUACAUUAUGCUGUGUUUGGACUUGGGAAUUCUUUGUAUAGUGAAAAUUUUAAUACAGUAGCAAAACAUGUAGAUCAUUGUUUGCAUAAACUUUCUGGACAUCGCAUUUUAAGUGUAGGACUUGGAGAUGAAAAUGUGUCUCAAAGCAGGCACAAGUCACUUGAAAAUGAUUAUGUUGCAUGGAAACGAGACUUCUGGAAAAAGUUGAAAGAAGUCAAUUAUGUUUUUGCUUCUAAAGACUUGGAAAAGAAUUGCAAGAAUGAAGGUCAAUGCAACUGUCAAGACGAGGAUACUGCUUCAGAAAAUACAGGAAUUGAAAGUGAUGAUGAAUUACAAGAAGACCCAACUGAUAAUGAAAUUGUUGAUGUUGAAGAUCUAGGAAGAGUCAUGGGAUCAGGAAAAACAUCCACAAAAUUGAAUCCCUUAAAAGAUGAACCUGCAGAGAUGAUAACCCCACUCAUUAAGAAAUCACUGGAAAAACAAGGCUACAAGUUGAUAGGAACACACUCUGGUGUCAAACUUUGCAGAUGGACAAAAUCAAUGCUACGUGGUAGAGGAGGAUGUUAUAAACACACUUUUUAUGGCAUUGAAAGUCAUAGGUGUAUGGAAACAACACCAAGCCUUGCAUGUGCCAACAAAUGUGUUUUCUGCUGGAGACACCACACCAACCCAGUGGGCACAGAAUGGCGAUGGAAAAUGGAUGAUGCUGAAUUUGUCUUUAAUGGUGCAUUACAAAAUCAUGUGGCUCUUAUCAAGCAGUUCAAAGGUGUACCUGGGGUUCAGCCUGAGAGGUUUUUAGAGGGAUUAACACCUCAGCAUUGUGCCUUGUCAUUAGUUGGAGAACCCAUAAUGUAUCCAAAAAUUAACAAAUUCAUAGACCUCCUGCAUGACAAAGGGAUUUCAACAUUCAUGGUUACAAAUGCCCAGUUUCCAGAUGCCAUUAGAGACCUAUCUCCAGUAACUCAGUUGUAUGUCAGUGUAGACGCCAGUACUAAAGAUAGUCUAAAAAAGAUUGAUCGCCCUUUGUUUCGUGAUUUCUGGGAUAGGUUUUUGGAAAGUCUUGACGCUUUGUCAGCGAAAAAUCAAAGAACAGUUUAUAGACUGACUUUAGUAAAAGCUUGGAAUACUGAAGAACUAGAUAACUAUGCUAGCCUUGUUUCAAGGGGAAAUCCUGAUUUCAUUGAAGUGAAAGGUGUCACUUACUGUGGAGAGUCUAAGGCAUCUAAUCUGACGAUGGAGAAUGUACCCUGGCAUACAGAGGUUGUCAACUUUGUUCAGGAGCUAGUGGAUCGGUUGGAUGGGGACUACGAGAUCGCUGCUGAACACGAACAUUCAAACUGUGUUCUUGUUGCAAAUAAAAAGUUCUUGGUGGAUGGAAAAUGGUGGACCUGGAUUGACUAUCCUAAAUUCCAUUCUUUGAUGAAGCGAUUCAAAGCAAGUGGUGGAGAGGAGAAAUUUUCAUCUGAUGAUUACAUGGCACCCACUCCUGAUUGGGCAGUGUUUGGGGCCGAGGAAAGAGGGUUUGAUCCUAAGGAAGAGAGACAUUUCAGGAAAAAGCAAAAGGAUGUUUAGGAGUAUAUACAUUUUUCUGAGCAAAACAUUUUGUGCAAAUCAUUGAUAAUGAUUGUUUCAUUACUUAUAUUUUUUACUUGUAAACCUUUAUUUCAAAUUAAUUUGAUGACUUAUUGUGAAAAAAAGUGAACUCAAAUAAAUUAUAAGUUGAAAAAAUCCAUUAUUAUUCUAUCC